AUUCGCGUUGACGUGCGCUGAUUGUAAUUUUCGAUUCGGUCGUCUAUUUCGUCGUCGGGUUUAACGGGGAAGUUUUCGCGGGAAGAUUUCCCAUUUGAUAAGAGUUAACUUUUUUUUUGAUUUUUUUUUUUCGUUUUCGUUAAAUUUGGUUACGCGUUUGUUUCGUUUAUUUAUUUCGUACGUUGGCGUGGUUUUUUAACGGUCUGUUUUUUUCGGUGGUACCAGUCCUCUACCACUGACCUUGGUUCGACGUGUGCUACGUUUGCUUCGGGGGGAUCCGUUCCCUGGAUUUGGACCCCCUGGGCUGGUUUCCGAGAAUAAUUUCAAAUACAAACAAAGAAGUGAGAAGCUGUUUUAAUUCGUUUCCGCCCAAAAGUUGAUUUUUAGUGAUCCAAAUAAAUCUGAAUCCUGCAGCCAAUCUUGAUUUCCUCAGUUGUCAUCCCAACGGUGCCAGGAUGGGGCGUAAACAGUUCACGGAGUGGGGCGGGGACAAGGACGCCUAGAGGCGGAAUUCGGUGGAACCUGCUGAAGGAAAGUGAAAUAACAAUCGCAAAUGCAACGCUGGUUUAGAAAGUGUUUUUUCAAAGCUCUCGUCUGCGGCAAAGUCUCAGCGAGGGAAAAGUGAACGAAGGCCUCACUCAGCUUCAACAAAUUGAGCCACACGAGAAGUGCCUGUGCAAAACAACAAAAAAAAAGAUACAAAUCUCGCGAAAUGAGAAGGAAAGUGAUUGAAAAUGAAUCUGUGAGUGUAUUGUCUACGAUCGCUGGUCAACAAUUGAAGGAUUAUUAUCGCGAAAUCUGAGGCUCACCGCGGAGCGGAAGGAGAAAUGGAAGCAAUUGGAAAAUUAAGUUCAGUGGUUGAAUAGAAGUGGAAUACCGGAGCAGAAAAGAUACACACCGAAAAACCUGAAGUGAUAAGUGCAAUCGCGCAAUUUCUUCUUCUUCUUCUUCUUCUUCUAUUGUUUGGGAUCUUAAAUUUGUAUAUUUUCACCCGCCAAAAGUUACCAUCGCCGAGGAAAGAUUUGUCCGAAAAAUUAAAAGUGUUACACACAUACAUCCGACACAGUCGGAUAGAGAGAAAGAGAUAGUAAAAGUGGAUUAAACACGGCCAAACCUGGCCAAAAGUGAAUGUGUGUGAAGUGCGAAAAGAGUGUAAAAUUAGCGGUAAUUAACCGACUAAAGGCGUGUUUAUGAGCAGUACUAGUGAGCGAAGACAGUGAAUAGUCGUGCCACCAAGCAGGAAAGAAACACAAUCCCCGAACGUGUGGCGUGACAUACUUUAACAGAGUGCGAAAAACUGCGUGAAAAUAGACGAAGAAGACUUGGAUUACCGCCCACCGCCGCCCAUCUGCUGUUCCGGAUCAGCGUGUCGUCGGUGCGAACUCGCAGCAACCGUGUCCGCCGGAUCCCUCGUCCGCAGCCACGAACGCGAAUGCUAUCGAUUGUCAAGAUAAUGUUCGGGUAAUGGGAGCCAAGGAACGGAUACUCCAACUGUAGAGGACGAAAACUGCUCAAGAUCUCGGUGCGAAAACGCUCACGUUACCACACUGCCCAGUCUGAUCUCCAACAGAAAACUCAAACUCGCUGCAUCGUCUUCCCACUAUAGUCACCAGGGGUUCUAAGCCACGAGGGCUCGUGUGACUACAACCAAUGCCACCGCUGUAGUUGUGCCUCCCAUCGCAUAAAUUUAUAUAUACCUACUAAAUUUACUUAUUCGCGGACAAAAAAUGAGAAUCGCAAACCUAUCAGGCCAGGAGAAUCGGUUGCGAGUCGUUAUCGAACAACACGAUACCAUCCUGUCGGCUAGAGCGAUAACCGGAAACCAUCGAACCAAGAGACGAAAUUUUUUUAAUCAACCGGUGAAAUGUGUUAUGGGGUGCGCCUCAAAUAGUGACUGAACUCAAACACUGAAAACUCGCUUCCGUUUGCAAAUUAUCUGUGAUACCUAGGGAUAACACGUUAUUACCAAUGGGUUAGGAAGCAAGCAUACCGCAUAUGUUUAUUUUUACGUUUCGGCAAAUUCGUCAAAAUUUUUUAAAAGAAAACGAAGAAAAAAGUGCCUUUAUCAGAAGAAAAAUCUGCGCUAAAAUUGUUCAAAUUCAUGUGUUCAAAGGUUGUGUAUUUUUGCAACACAUUACGAGUCGGGAUCACCUAUAUAUGUAAUGAAUGAGAAGUGCUAUAAACGAAACAAUUUUACCCCUGCAAGAACGCAAAGUGUUACAUAGUUUGAAACUCAACAAGUUAUUUUAUAGUUAAGCCAAGACUACCACUUUCGAACAGUUUUGCUUUGAUCAUAGCCCGCCAACUCGCACAACGAUUAUAGCAGAGCCGUGUUUAAAACCAACGAAUCGAACAGCACGUUACGCUGGCGUUAGCAAGCUUGCGAGGUGGCUCUGCCAUCGUGGCGAUGCCAUUCAUCGACGAUGACCUGCUAUGGUGUCCGGAAAACGAUGGACGAAUGGUGGAUCUGCAGGCGUGCCUUCAGGAUGCCAAUGGUGCGAACCAGCAAACGGACACCGGCGGAAACGGCUGUGAUUUGAAUAAUCUGGAAGAAUCGCUUUGCAAUGAUUCGGACGAACUGCUGCGGCAAUUGACGGAGAAUACCUUCGAGCUAGAGCAGUUUUUCCAAGAUUUUCCAGUAACUGAGAUUAAAGUUGAGGAGAACAACAACGACCUAAACCUCGAUGAGGAAACUAGUGGCCAAAUCUUCCUGCAAAACUGCAGCCAGCUGCUCUCGUCGGCUGCGGCAGUGGCAGUGGCCAACUCGCAACUCAAUGCCCUGGCCGCCGGUGAUGUUGGUCUCGGCGAUGGCUCAGGCGGUAUGCUCAUGCAGGCCGGCAGCAGUGCCGAAAGCCAGCUACAGGAACAUUAUUUCCUAGCGCAAGCACAAGAGUUGCUCCAGCAGCAGCAAAACCGAUUCCAGCAGCUUGCUACCAAUACGCUGCUGGCGGAGAAGCUGUUGCAAAAUCAAACCACCCUAACCGCACUGGAUGGGAUUGGUUUACCGACGACGGUAACGACGACAUCGCUGGGAUUAGGCGGAUCGAACCAGCAUCAGCACCACGGCGGGAAUGGACGAGCCGGAAAGGUGCCGGAUAUCGUCAUUAAAGUAUUGAACCAAGAAGCAACGGCUCAUGGAGUACGUGACUGGAGAGUCACCCCACAUUUCUUCGAAUUCCCGCGAUGA